AUGCUGCGUUUCGAAGCGCAGCUUACAAUGCGUAAGGCUGCUGCAUGCUCUACUUUCUUUGGUUCCUUUUUAUUGCCAACUUCGCCCUCGGCAGUCUUCGCCAUUGAGGUACGCCGCAAUGCACUCGUCGAAGACACGCUUACCCUAUUGUCGCUGUCAAAGACGACUGACCUACGCAAGCCACUUCGUGUCAAGUUUCAUGACGAAGAGGCUGUCGAUGAGGGUGGGGUGCUAAAGGAAUUCUUUUUGCUUAUCAUGCGGGAAAUCCUCGAUCCCAUUUACGGCAUGUUCCGUCUUUACCCCGAAUCACGUAUGAUAUGGUUCAGUGAUAUCACCAUGGAGACAGAAAGUAUCUUUCGAAUGGUUGGUCUGCUUUGCGGCCUAGCUAUCUACAAUUCUAUUCUUGUCGACCUUAGCUUCCCCUUGGCCUUGUUCCGCAAACUGCUUGGCGAAACAUCUACCUUAGAAGAUCUAAAGGAGUUAGAUCCUGUGCUGGGUAGGUCACUACUUCAAUUAAUCGACUACGAGGAAUCUGAUUUCGAGAAUGUCUUUGGACUUUUUUUUGAGGUGAAUUUAAUUUGUCUUUAG